AUUACUUUUUAACAGAUGGACUUGGGACGACUGGGAGACACUCUUCCUUCUCUCCUCUUUCAUCAUAUACGACAAUCCACAUUCGAGGGUCUCUCAACACUACUGGACCCGUCACGACUGAAACCUGAACGAAUUUCUCAUAUUAGACAGCGAACGAAACUCUCACUGGACCCACACAAGCACGCCGCCCGACCCACUCCUCCUCGUCACGUCUCGUCCUACCAUCCUUGCAUUCCGCGCCGUCUAUCCCCUUGGACGACCCUCCAAUGUCCAUCGUAGCUCACUCUCAUUCUGUCAGCUUCUCAGUACCUUCCGAUGAGAUCCUACCUGCAUCUUCAUCAUCCUCUUCGUACUACUGUCAUGCUCAGAGCUCGUCCCCGUCAAAACGCGUAGUUUGUAGGAAUUCAACCGCGGGACCCAGUCGGUCCGAACCAUUGCUCCCACUCGCGCCAGCAAAGACUGUCGCUCUUACACGCCGAGCUGUCAACUUUUCUCCUCGGACCCAGACCAAACUCUUUCAUUCAGAUCAUUCUAUCAUACCCUCCAUCGACGAUCCACCGCCAAAGUCCAUCAGAUCAUACCACCAGGACACCGAGGCAUCUGAAUGCCUCCCUCUUUCCUCCUCUCCCGUCGAAACAUCAUCGUCACCAUCAUCUUCUCCCUCUUCUCAACCUCGAUCCACCCCACAUCGAUCAUCCCCCUCGAUCCUUCGCUCAAUUUUGAAAGCCCGAGUCUCUGAAAUCCGCAUCGCGUCCUCGGUCGAGGAAGGAACAUUGAACAACAAAGAACCAGCAAGGCUCAUUGUGACUGGUAGUCGACCUCGACUCCAAGCUCGGGAUUCAUUUCAACUCGCCAUGCUUCGAAAAGCUGCAAGUGAUGGCAUCGCAGAUGAUAUGGCCUACGAUCCUCUAGACAAGGGAAAAGGCAGGCUGGUGGUUGAUCCUCUUGGAUCAGACGACAGUGCAGCUUCAGACGAACCGAAAGUAGCCGAUGACCAAUCGAGCAAUGCUUCAGAAGAGGAAGAAGAGGUUGAAGCGAGUGGAGAGUUAGCUUCGGAAUCUCUAGUCAGGAUGAUCCUUGACGGACCACAAGAGCUGUUGAGCCUGGAAGAAGCUUACAAUACACUUGGAGCAAGGCUCAGACACCGCUUUGAUUCGAUUCUAUCCGCUGCAAACUCCUCGCCGGCUUCGAAAGAGGUCAUCCGACUAGCUACUCAGCCUCUUCGGGAUGAAGCACCGGCCAUGGUCAGAGCAAUGCAGAGAGACGUACUCAGGAUCCUUGGACGGAUAUCGAAUGACGCCACAGAGGAUGACUCGACUCCAUUCGCGGACUUGAAACCUCUGACAGAUUCUAAUGCCGUUCCGAUUCGAUCUCGAUUCACCCCAUCGCCCAGCGCUACACCUUCAACCAAGAGCUCACCGACCAAACCUCUCCGCCGGGGCUACACAGAAGCUGAAGUCAAGUUUCGUCGCGAGGCUUCCGGCGUCGGUCAAGCUGUCCUUCGAUUUCUCACUCAAGUCUUCUCCUCUUCACAUCUCUGGGAAUGCUUCACCCAAGCCGACCUCACAUCUUUGCUGGACAAGGUCCUGCUAGUCCCAAGGAUUGCCCGCUUGCCCACUCCGAAUCAGAAGCGAAGUUACAUGACUGCAAUGUUGCUUUUGAGCUCGAUGAAAUUGCCAGAAGCGUGUAUCCUCCCCGUCAAAGACAAGGUCGUGCGAGCUAUCGAGGCAAUGUUCAACGAUGCUCUAGGUUCGCCACCUGGUUCCGGUGUACCUUCACUCAAAGACAUGGGACAGGCGAAAAGAGAGGCCUAUCACGCCAUCAUCAAUAUUAUCAACCACUAUCCAAGUGUCUUCUUCGCCGAAUACGCUAGUCUGCUCCCUAUUUGCUUGAGGGGCUUGACUUCCAACAGUCUCAUCCUGCGGAACAAGGCAUCGGCUGCUGCCGCUUCGUUUGUCGCUGCCAAGCUGAACAUGCUGUACGAUCGAUCGAACGCGGACGAAUGGAGCCGGAAUCGACCCAUUGUCCAGCGAAGCGAGGCUUUCGUCGUGUCUCAUCUGAAGUCUGUGAUCAGACCUCAGGGCAGAGGUGUCUCGACGAUUUACAACUCGACGGGUGAGAGGAGAAUGGAAUGGAUGGAGCUUGAACGCAUGUUCAAGGAUACGGUCGGUGCUGCCGGUGGUGUCGCUUGGGCUUGUGCGACUUGGUCAAUCAUCAUGAGCUUGAUGGGUCAGGCGUAUGAGACUUCGACCUUCGCCGCCGGCCCAAGUGGAAUGAACCACAUCAUGGAUCGAUCACUGGUCAUGACCACAAACGGCGUUCGACCUCUCUUCGCCAGCGUGGCUUGGUGCCAUGCUAUUCACUCUUACCUCAUGACGAACUCGGCUGUCUCCCUCAACGACAAAGGCGGGCUUGUUCAAUCCUUCUCACCUUGGGUAUCCACGUCCGCCAAUGACUGGCAGUCUCGUCUGGAGACUAUUCUCAUGCCCGUCGAAUUUGCCUUGGCUCAGGCUGCCGACUCCAAGAACUUCUCCACCGAGCUGGUCAAGGGCAAGUGGCAAUGGAACCGAGCAGAAAGGACAAAGCAACACGAUUGGAUGGUGACAACUGGAAAGGUGGCCGCGGCAAUCAUUUACGCCUACAGCGGGACUGCCAUAUACCAUAUGGAUCAACCUGCCAAGGAAAUCAGUGCGAUUACGGGUAUGCCUUCGUCGGACGGCGUAUCAACAGGUGACGCAGACGCUGAAGAAGAUGCCAAGCUGGAACGACUGGACAAGGUUUGGGACCGCGUCGCUCGACCGCUCAUCAAGCGACUCACGUCUCUCUGUGGCGUUGACGAGCUCAAGACGCUUGGAUGGGAGAUCCUGCUCGCCAUCACCCGUCCCGAAACAUCUACUCAGGCCGACUGGUCGCUGGACCGACUAUGCUCCGCUCGAUAUCUCAGCGGAGAGGUGUUUGUGGAAAAGGAGAUUCUCGUCCCUGAGCUCAAAAUGAAACUCGAAGCGGAUGUGAUUCGCCCCGUGGAGAUUCCCUCGUGGGGAUCAGCGUGGGUCGCUUCGAGGCUCGACAAGGUUCUCGACCUGUAUCAAGAGAUCAUUUCAAGUAUGACUGGACUUAGUCGACCCAUCUCCCCUUGGAUCUCGACCGACCGCGAUCAUCAGAUCUUACCGACGAUUCUUUCGCAUUUGUGGAGCAACGUCAUGCACGCUCUCGGGACGCUUCGUGAGAACAAAACCGAAGCCGAAACUUUCAAUCAGGGACUGGUGCUGGUUCUUCGGCACCUUCUGCAGAUCUUCAACCGUGACCCUGCUUCGCAUGUUCCUUUGGCUAGGCUGUGUGAGGAUGCGAAAACCAUCCGCAACGCCGACAGCUUCAGAUUGGAUCUCUUUUCCCACUUGCUUCACAUCGCUAUUGACCUCGUGGGAACAGAAUCGUUCAGCAGUGUCCGACUGACACCUGCUCAAGCGCAUUCUGUCGAUGCUUUCAUCGCUGCACAAGCACUGGGCAGUGAUGCAAAUGGACGUCCUACCAUUGCUGGAGGCUUACUCGGUCAGAUGCUAAGGUCCCCUCAUCAAGUGCUGUCUUUACCUCUUGAGGAAUCCUCCAGAAUCACCUUCAGUAAGAUCGUUCGUCGGAUCGUCGACGUCGGAUCUACCGCUGGAUUUGCUGGCAAACUCCUUGGAGACAUCACCAAUGCUCUUCCCUUCAUGUUUGAACAGCAGGAAGAACUCCGGCUGGAUGUAUGGAGGAUCGCAGCUUGUCAAUGGGUCAAGGUCAUUGACCUUCAGCCGUCUGCUACUGCGAGCGUGACGAACCAUACUGGCGAAUUACUCGUCACGCUGCUGUCCUGUCCGUUUCGAGCUGUUUCUGUGUCUUCUGCCUGGCAUUCAAGUGCUUCAUCGGAGGAUUUGCAAAUUUGGCAAGACUUGCUCAAGACUGUCGUUCUGCGCUUCAGGGCAAAGCGAGUGGGGUCAAACAUGGGCGUGUUGGAGAACCUUGCUGGACAUCUGAGAGACUUUCUAGAACAAGGUGCAAAGACAUCAUCUUCCACCAUCACUCUUUCGUGCCUCGCGUCUGCUCUCUCUUGGCUCUCAUUCGUUCCUGUCGAAGCGCACCAUGCGAAUCAUUUUUCGAUCAACGAAAACUAUGUGCCAAUCGAUUUCCUGGCUCUGGUAUCCAACGCCCUGCUCGACUCGUACCCUGGUGAGGAAUCACAAGCCAACUCAUCUCUUGGGGAACUACACGUGAUCAGCCCGGCAGUAGGCACUCUUCUGAGGUCACUCAGCGAGGUCAUCAAAGAUCUUCCUGCGGAAUUCGUAUCGCCCGUUUUGGAUGCUUGUCGACCUGGACUUGUUUGCUGGAUGUCGGAUGAAAUUCGCUUGGCUUCGGAAGAGAUCGACUUGGCCUUGGACGAGCUCUACAUCAGCGUUCUUUCGGCCUUGUCUGGCGCUGUUGGCGCAGGUGCUAUCCCAGCCAACGGCCAGACUUUGGAGGUUUACUUGGACGUCUACGCGCCCAGACUGUCCCGAGCUCGAUCAGCGCGUGUGCCUGCUGCCUUCCAAGCCUUCUGGGCAUCUCUGAGGACGAUCUCCGCCGCUGAUAUGUCGGCCGCUGUUCGAUCUUUCGCGAAACAGAUCCUGUCUGCUGUUCCUGGCAUGAUUAUCGUAUCUGGUCUUGACGCUCCAUCCGUUCUCUCAGAGGAGGAAAGUCAAUCGCUUUUCCCUCACGCUCUUCAAGUCAAGCCUGUGCCUGGUCCCGCCCCUCAACAAAGCGCGAAAGUCCUCGUCGACGCUUCAGAGAUGGAGAUCGAUCCAGCCAUGUUCAUUCAUGACCACACUGAAGCUUACGAUGCCGACGUAUCGCAAUUGGAGACCCAACGAGUGCAACAGGUUACCUCCUCUUCAGACCGCAGUGCACAGGUGGCGGAUUCUGGUGUAUCUGGAACCUCGUCCUCGGCAUCUGGGCCCCCGGCGACGAUGGCUAUCGAUAUGACUGAGGAAGUCCACAACUCUACUGUUGACAUGAACGGACUUCAAGGCACUGCUUUGUCUGUCCAUGUGGAGGUGGGCGGCGACGUUUUUGGUCCUACUGGUCACUCGUCUCGGCGAACAAAGCGUAGACGUAGAGCUGGGCGGUCCAGAAACAGCUCGAGGUCUCAGUCUCUGGCUUCGAUGGGACAGCCGGAGCAGGACGCCGAAUGGACGUCCGCGAGAGAUGCACAGGCGCAUGUUGACCUCGUUCCAUCGUCUGGCCCUCGUGUGAGCACUGGAAGACCUCUCGACUCCGGGCCAGCGUCCGACGGCACAGAAGAGAAAUCCGAGCCGAUCGAAGCGGUAAUGGUUGAGGCGUCUCAUCCGACUUGGUCUGAAUCCAACAGGAAUAGACCAUCACUCCUAUCGUCCGCCAAGGGCUGGCUCUCUCGCGUUCCGUCGUUCACGAUUUUCAGUCCUACCCGAGGGAAGAUGGACGCCGAGGACCCUGUGGAGCAGAUCGAAGACUUCAGCAUGGAGCAGAUUGAAGUUGGGACGCCGGUCCAAGCGUCGAUCUCAGCGAACAAGGGGAAGACCAUCUCAAAGUCUGGAUUGAGCCAUGCAACUCCCAUCUCGCGACAUUCACCCCUCAUAGACCUUACUGUCCUGGCUGACGACGAAGACGACGAGCUACUCUUAAGUCCUGAGACUGCCAGGAAACGCAAGCGGGAAGAAGACGAGGCGAUCAAAGUGAUGAUGGAGGAGACUGCGAAGAGCAAGACCGAGUCCACUCGCAGAACGAGGAGCUCGAAAAAGUCAAAGAUUGGUGAUCAUGAUGGGGAUAUCGAAGAAUUCUCUUCGCUCCCGAGACCGACUCGGGCAAAGAGGUCGGGCGGAUCGAGCGCAUCGAUCAUGGUCGACAAAGAACAAGGAUCGUCAUCUGGUACUGGAUCCGCUGCCGCUUCGGCUCCCAGCUUGGACUCUUUGACGACCGGUUCUCCUUCGACACGGACGAACGAACAGAUCCGGCUCCUCGCUAUGCUGGAUGAAGCUGCUGCUGCUAGUCGAGCCGUCGAUAGUAUGGAUCUGGAGGGUGUGUUGUCCAUGAUGCGCAGUUUGGAUGCGUUGAAAGUGGCUGCGCAGGAGAAUUUGGAGCGAAUAGCUGCUAGACGUCAUGCUGAUCGAAAGGCGAGGAAGAGGGACUGAGCGGGUGCGCGAGGGCGAACAGGAGUGGUCAAGGGAGGGUAGAACAGUGUCGGAGCAAAGAGAGAAAUAGAGUCAGUGUAAUGGGGUUGUCAGUGUCAGGGGGGCAAAGAGACGAAAUUGUCAAGAUCUUGUAAUGACCAUUUAAAACUAUGACCAGAGCACGGUAGCAUGUAGACCCAAGAGUAUAGCCAACGUAUGGAUGCACGAAUGAGAUAAUACUUGGG